CUCAACUGGGAUCGGGACUCCGUUCCCAGUUUGACAGUUGCAGUUCAGAGCUUCGACCCCGGAAUGCUGCGACCGCGGAGAGGGUGAGCCGACCCGACCCAGCCGAGGCGAUGCAGGCGGAGGAAAUGGAGAGCUCCAUGGAGUCCCCCAACCUCGAGUUCGAGUAUGGGGACACAGACAGCCUGACCGCUGAACUUUCAGAGCUCUAUAGUUACACCGAGGAGCCAGAGUUUUCUCUCAACAGAGACUACUUUGAGGAGGACUUCAGAAGCCAUGUCCAGGGAAGGAGGUGGAUCGAGCUGACGGCGGAGGAGCAGAGGGCUUAUGUGAUGAGACUCCUGGACGCUCUGGAGGUGACGGACAGAGACAAGAGGCUGAAGGUGGCCAGGGCCAUCCUCUACCUGGCACAGGGGGUGUUUGACGAGUGUGACACAGACGUGGACGUCCUCCACUGGUCCAGACACAACGUCUUCCUCCUCUACGACAUGGGCAUCUUCACAGCCCUGCUGGAGCUGCUCAGCAUGGAGAUAGAUAACAGCCAGGCGUGCAGCAGUGCGGUGAGAAAGCCAGCCAUCUCCCUGGCAGACAGCACAGAACUCAGGGUGUUACUGAGCAUCAUGUAUGUGAUGGUGGAGACCAUACGUGUGCAGACAGAAGAUGACAGACCCGAAUGGAGGACGGCCAGAGACGCCUUUAAGAGUGAACUAGCCUCUCCUCUGUACAACGGGGAGCCCUUCGCUCUGCUGCUCUUCACGAUGGUGACCAAGUUCUGCAGCAUGAACGCUCCUCACUUCCCCAUGAAGAAGGUCCUGCUGCUGCUCUGGAAGACCGUCCUGUUCACCCUGGGAGGCUUCGAGGAGCUCCAGGAGUUGAAGGUGCGACACCGGGAACGUCUGAAUCUGCCCCCCCUGCCCGAGGACAGCAUCAAGGUGGUGCGAGCCAUGAGGGCUGCCUCCCCGCCGGCGUCCGCCAUGGAGCUCAUCGAGCAGCAGCAGCAGCAGAAGAGAGGCCGCCGGAGCCGCAGGAGUGCCUUUGUUGAUAGCUUGGAAGGAGACAGUCCCUUUCCCAAGAAGCAGCCCCUGGUCAAACAGGACAGCCUCGACACGUACAAUGAACGCGACCCCUUCAAGAACGACGACGCCCGCGACGAAGAGGAGGAUCCCGAGGACACAGACAGUGGCAUUGAGGGCGAGGUUGACCCCCUGGACCGUGAUGUCAUUAUCCAGCCUCCGCCUCCUCCGCCGCCCCUCCGACCCCCUACGGAGAGGAUCAACUUACCCAAGGGCCUGCCCUGGGCCCCCAAAGUCAGGGAGAAAGAUAUCGAGCAUUUCCUUGAGACCAGUAGAAACAAAUUCAUUGGCUUCACUUUGGGAAAUGACACUGAGACACUGGUGGGCUUGCCGAGACCCAUCCACGAGAGUGUCAAGACUCUUAAACAGCAUAAAUAUGUCUCCAUUGCUGAGGUUCAGGUCAAAAAAGAAGAGGAGCUACAACAGUGCCCAAUGACAAUGGGCGAGGAGGAGGUGGAGGAGACUCCUGCGGAGACACUGUACCUUGGCAUGCUUCCUAACCUCUCCCAGUAUGUGAUUGCCCUGCUGAAGCUGCUGCUGGCCGCGGCACCGACAUCCAAAGCCAAAACCGACUCUAUUAACAUCCUGGCCGAUGUGCUGCCCGAGGAGAUGCCUAUCACCGUCCUGCAGAGUAUGAAGCUCGGCAUCGAUGUGAACCGCCACAAGGAAAUCAUCGUCAAGGCGAUUUCUGCCUUGCUGCUGCUGCUCCUCAAACACUUCAAACUCAACCACAUCUAUCAGUUUGAGAUCGUCUCACAGCACCUGGUAUUUGCCAACUGCAUCCCACUCAUCCUCAAAUUCUUCAACCAGAACAUAAUGUCCUACAUCAGUGCCAAAAACAGUAUUUGUGUACUGGACUUCCCUCACUGUGUGGUCCAUGAGAUGCCUGAGCUUACUGCUGAGAGCCUGGAAGCGGGAGACAACAACCAGUUCUGCUGGAGGAACCUCUUCUCCUGUAUCAACCUGCUCCGCAUCCUUAACAAGCUGACCAAAUGGAAACACUCCAGGACUAUGAUGCUGGUGGUGUUUAAGUCUGCCCCCAUCCUGAAGAGGGCGCUGAAGGUGAAGCAGGCCAUGAUGCAGCUCUACGUCCUCAAGCUGCUCAAGAUCCAGACCAAGUACCUGGGACGCCAGUGGAGGAAGAGCAACAUGAAGACCAUGUCGGCCAUCUACCAGAAGGUCCGUCAUAGGCUCAACGAUGACUGGGCUUAUGGCAAUGACAUCGACGCCCGGCCGUGGGACUUCCAGGCGGAGGAGUGCGCCCUGCGGGAGAGCAUCGAGAAGUUCAACAGCCGCCGCUAUGACAGGAACCAGAAUGGAGAGUUUGCUCCUGUGGACAACUGCCUGCAGAGCGUGCUGGGACAGCGCGUGGAGCUGCCCGAGGACUUCCACUACAGCUACGAGAUGUGGCUGGAGAGAGAGGUCUUCUCCCAGCCCAUCCAGUGGGAAGGACUCCUGCAGAAACCCUGAUGGAGGAAGGGUAGAAGGGUGUUUAAAUAACACUCCCAAAAAUGAAAACAUUGGCAAGGGAUUUUGUUUUGUACCCAAACCAUCAAGCUUAUUUCAGCAUCAAGCUUAUUUCAGGAUCGUUUUGUGUCAAAUUAAUGUACUGGAUGGAAGAUUUUGCUUGUUUCAGCAAAUGCAAUAUUAUUCAAUGCUAAUUAUGAUGUUAAUCAUUUUAUAUUAUUACAUUUCCGGACAUUUGGUUUAAACUAGGGAUGUUGACAGAAAAGCGUUUUUUGGGGGGGUUUUCUAUUGUUUCGAGAUUUAAUUUGUUGUUUCAUAUUCAUUUCUUUAAGUUAUGUCAAUAUGACUCAAGUCAAAUUUGCUCAAGUUAACAUCCGGUGCAGAGGAGAUAAUUUGAUGGAGGAUAUCCUGAAUUAAGCUUGACAGGUCCAGACUGAAAAUAGAAACAUGGUCAAAUAAAAAUCCUCGCCAGGCUUUUGGAAAGGAGGCUGUGGUCAAGGGUUGGGGAGGGGGUUGCGAUGGGGACCGUGGUGAAGUGAGAGAUAGACGGAGGAAGAGGAGAGGACAGAUGGACGGGCUGAGGUUGGGGAAUGUUGAAGCACAAACCUAUACAGUACGUGCCACAGACGUAUGCAUCAACAUGCACGUGCAUGUAACAUGUGCCGCCGUCUGCUGUGAGCACAUGGCAAUGACGGUCAUGAAUUAGAAGUAGCUGCAAUUUUGAAAUAUGGCGGCAAGACUGUAGCAGGAGAAGAUCUUCACCAGUUUUGGUGAUACCCCCCUUGUCUUUGGUUGCCAUCCGCUCAUAUGUUGGGUCCAAUGUGGUCCAACGUUCAUACACUCCCUCUUGAUUGAUUUAUUUGUAUCAGUAUGUUGUAGAUUAAUGGCGGUUUUAUGAAACUGUAAUUUUCUAAAAUCUUUUGGUUGGUGUUUUUCAUCUUUUUACAGUUGAAUGUUUUUGGCUCGACUUGUUUUUAUAGCAGCCAUUGUGCUUUAGUCUGCUGGUGAUUGAGUUAGAGGUUUUUUCUUAUGCAUUUUCUAGUUGAACUGGCCUUUCGGCAACAAACCACUGAAUUUUACCAGGGUACUUUUGAUAAUCCAAAUAUGGGAGUGGGAGAUUUCCACGGUGUUGUUGUUUGACUUUCGUCACCAAAAAAAAAGAAGGAAAGAUAUAUUCUAAUUGAUAGCAUAUGGUUUGCUCUUGGCUCCGAAUUAAACACCUUUGGGAAAGGAAGAAGAAAAAAGAUGAACCGUUAUUUGAGAUUGUGAAAGCCUGGAGAAGUUGCUUUCAGAAGAAGGCUGUAUGCUGGGAAUGGAUGGCUGCGGAGGCUUGCUUUGACUCAAUGAAGCCGGUCUAAGAUAAUGACUUCUGGCUCAGUGGACUACACCGUGUUUCUGCUGAAGACGAGAAUGACCUAUAUCUGAUCAUCGUCCUUUUCGAAGAAGACAUCUGCACGAAAACAGAGUACAUGCAUUUUUUUCCAACAGUCUUGACAUUUUCACUUUUGUGCUACAUGAUCAACUCUUAAAAAUGCUGAAGAAUCCACAGAUUUAACUGUUAGUCAUUGUACAUGGCUAGCUAGCUAGCUAGCAUCAGGAGACACUGAAACGAGAGGCUUGUUCAUGUGCACAAAUCCGACCCAGGAGAUCAAAAGAUUCCCAAUUAGAAAUACCGUCUGAUGGUGAAUUUUCAAUGAAAGGCGUUUCCCCGCCUUGCCUCGCUGUCUUUACACCUUCACAGACUUUCCCCCACAGUUCUGUUUGACAGACAACAGCACAGCAGACAAACCGCCAAGCCCCAAGUGGCCUUGGUGAGCACUAUGCCACCCACGCUGGGAAGAACGCAGCUGUCACACACAAAAUGGUGCUGUUUUAUAGGACGUCCUGUUUUUCCCAAGGUUUAUCCUUCCUUCACUUUCAACUACCUAAGCGAGACUCUCGUAGUACUUGUGUACUUUCUGAAAGUGUGUUUUCUAGAAAUUGCUCUGCUGAAGCACACAAACGGAAUGGGCUGGCUCAAAUAGUGGCAGCGGAAGCUAGCCAUUGCACUUCUGGUAGCAGCCAGUAUGGUAGACCGCGUGCUAGCACUUUUAUAUCGUUGGUUGGUUUUGCGUCGACAGCCGCCGGGUGUGUCACCGUGGCCCUUAAACUUGGGCCUUGUGGGUCAAGAGGACGCAUCACCAAUUACCUUUUGGACAGAUUGAUGACAUCGAAUCUUUUGAGUUGUGCUUCUCUGUGGUAACAUGCAUGGCUGCCGCUUCUGUUGCUUUGGAUUAACUACACUUUUAACACUUUUAGAUUUGGAAUGGCUUUUUUUCUUUGUAGAAUAAUCUGUAGCAAAAUUAAUUAAGAAAUGUCCUCUUUUUCAAUCCGUCCCGGGCCUGGCGUUGUCAGUGGCGUUCAUCACAACAACGGAUUUUGUCUGUGGUUUUGCUUUUGGGAAGGCAAAAUAAUUUGAAAGGAUGUUACAUAUUUUCUAGAUUCUCAGGUUUAUAAAGAUAAAUAUAUUGUGGAAGUUUUAAAGCCUCAUUGCUGUCUUGUAGCUCACUACCUGUGUUGACAGAUAUUGUCGUCACGUUCAUAGACUAAAAUAGCCGAAAUGUAUGUUUACUAUGUAGGCUGCUGUGGGAUUAUCAGCCCGUUCACGCAAUCACUCAACACAAUAACUCACUGUGAGUUUGUAUUUACUGAAGUUGUAUUUCAAAUUUAGAUAUUUUUUUCCAUCUUGUGCCAAAGUUGAGUGCCAUGUUUAUGGUUUUUUUAAACCAUUUUUUUUCUUCCAUCGUUGCCUCCAUGUGGUCAUGGUCAUCAUUGUAGGCCUUAUACAAGGCCUCUCUUUUAAAUCACUGUUGAAGUUUUGCAAUAUACUUUUUACCUGAACCUUGUACAAUUGUUGGAAAUAUUAUAUAUAAUGCAUUCUGGUACAGUAGUACACCAAAAGUGUUUAGCAUUGUAGAAUGUCAACAUAUGUGUGUGUGUUUUUCUUCAUGCAGGUUCGCACAUUUAUUACAUCUAGACAAAAACUUGUCACAUUUGUUGAGGGGUAUGUGCAAUUGCUGAUCAACAGAGGCAUUAUUCAAUAGAACGAAAAAUGGCAAUAUCAGAGUUUGCAUAUUAAACAAUGUUAGAGCGAUUGUGCUACUUGUAUUUAUUUUUAUUCAUUUUGAUAUAAACUCUGAAGAUUUACAUUUUCA